CGACUCCGAACGCCGCCAGUCCCGACUCCGUGUGACGUCAUCUGAGCUCGCGGGUCCUGCGCGGCCGGAAGUCGGCUGUGGCGGACCGCCGCAGCGGUCCGGGCUCCGGAGGGCGGCCGCCGCGAUGCCUUCGUCGCGACCGGUCAGUCAACUCGUGGAACUAUGUCUUCGGUGCCUAAUAAUCAAUAUUUCCAGAUACAUAUCAGAUAUUAAAUAUUUGCCUCCCAACAUCAAAGAUAGACUGAUUAAGAUAAUGAGCACCCGAGGUCGGAUAACAGAUUCCAAUAUAAGUGAGGUGUUACAUCCUGAAGUCCAAAGAUUAGAUCUGCGGAGCUGUGAUAUCUCAGACUUGGCUCUCCAACACCUGUGUAAAUGCAGAAAACUGAAGGCACUAAAUCUCAAAUCCUCCAGAGAACAUAGAAAUAGCAUAACUUCAGAAGGAAUAAAAGCUCUGGCUUCAUCCUGUUCAGACCUUCAUGAAAUUUCCCUGAAAGGAUGCUGCAGUGUCACUGAUGAAGGAGUCCUUGCACUUGCACUCAGCUGCCAGCUGCUAAAGAUCAUUGAUUUGGGCGGCUGCCUGAGUAUCACUGAUGUGUCCUUACACGCGCUAGGAAAAAACUGCCCAUCUUUGCAGUGCGUCGACUUUUCAACUACUCAGGUAUCUGACAAUGGUGUGGUUGCGCUUGUUAGUGGACCAUGUGCCAAACAAUUAGAGGAGAUUAACAUGGGGCACUGCAUAAAUCUAACUGAUAAGGCUGUGGAAGCUGUCCUGACCGCCUGUCCUCAGAUCUGCAUUCUUCUUUUCCACGGCUGCCCCCUGAUAACAGAUCACUCACGAGAAGUCCUGGAGCAAUUAGUAGGAUCAAGAAAACUAAAGCAAGUGACUUGGUCUGUUUAUUGAUCUUUACUGAGGCUGAUAAUAGGAGCCUUCACAGGAUAUGCUCUAUAAAUAUUUGUCUUCACUUAACACUAAUUUAUU